GUACGGUACCGAUUUUUUUUUAGAAAAAAUAAAAAUUCUAACCUGUUCAAAGCAAAUAGGUAUUUAACUUUAUUUGUUUUAAAUAUAACUGAGGCGCAAAUAAUCAAUGAUUUCGAAGAAGAUAAUUCAAAUAGCUCAACUAAGUGGUGUUGGACUAGCUGGAUAUUAUGUAGGAAUAAAAAAUAACCAUGAAGAGACAGCCAAAACUAUACAGGUUAUGCCUGGUUUGCCGAUAUUUGGGACAGUGUCUGCAGCAGCCCCCUUUUCAGAUGGCAGUACAUUUGUAACAGCUAAAGAUAGAGUAUCACAAAUUAUGAAAUACGGAUUCCCUGGCUUGGAUCAUGUGCGCUCGUAUGAUGACUUUGUCUUGUCUUAUGACCGAAGAACUCGAGUACCCCAUUGGGUAUUCGAACACAUUACCAAAGAUCAUGUAAAGAAAAAUGACGAAAUUGAUAGAAGCAAGUGUGACUUUGCAGCUGAUGAAAGCAUACAUCCCUUUUUCAGGUCACAGAAUAGUGACUACAAGGGGUCUGGCUUUGACCGAGGUCAUAUGGCUGCUGCAGGAAAUCAUCGUCUGGCCCAGAAGGAUGUGGCACAGACGUUCUACCUCACUAACAUAGCACCACAAGUUGGAGAAGGUUUUAACAGACAUGCAUGGAAUCGUUUAGAGAAGCAUGUAAGAAAAUUGACCAAAGUAUAUGACCAUGUUUUCUGCUGUACCGGACCUCUAUAUUUGCCAAGGAAAGAAUCUGAUGGAAAAUCUUAUGUGAAGUACCAAGUGAUAGGAGCUAACACAGUUGCAGUGCCAACUCACUUCUUUAAAGUAGUGGUUGGAGAAGCCCCUGAUGGUUCGUUGCACAUGGAGUCUUAUGUAAUGCCAAACCAAAAGAUACCUGACGAAACACCUGUUGCUAACUUUAUGGUGCCUCCAGAGACAGUAGAAAAGGCAGCUGGACUUCUUUUCUUUGACAAAAUACAUAGAAGCAAACUAAGUUCAAUCAAUGGAAGGAAGGUGUAAAAUUUUGUGCAAUUAGAAAAUAGUUAUUUGUAAAUAAGAAUAACAUAAUCAAUGUAUAUUUUAUGGAUAUAAUAAUAAUUCCUAUGUUAUAUUAUGCUGUGAAUUUUAAGACAAUGUCAUGU